AUGCCCUGGUCACCGACCCAGUCUUUUCCACACCCUCUAGCUAUCGUCCAUCACCAAAACUGCAAACCAACUGUUGCAAAUUUUGUUUCCUAUGCUGUCGUAGACAUGAUGGUAUGGGAAGGCUUGGGAGAUUUGAUCAACAAGUUCCGCAAAACCGCCCUCUCAUUGGACCCUCUAGAUACGAUCACGGCACCGAGUUUGAUCAAUCGACUGCAAAUCCCGUCAUUACUCGGAAAGCCUCCAGAUUGGCCAGAGAAAAUUGAUAUCUGUGGCUUCAGCUUUCUUCCUUCCGAAUCAGACUAUACACCUCCAGCAGAAAUCGAGGCCUUUCUCAGAGCAGGACCAGAACCAAUAUAUGUUGGGUUUGGAUCUAUCGUGGUGGAUGACCAAAUCAAAUUGACCAAGAUCGUAUUUGAGGCGAUCAAAAAAACCGGACAACGAGCCCUGGUCUCAAAAGGCUGGGGAAACCUUGGAAUCGACGAUGUGGAUGUGCCUGACAAUAUUCUCGUUAUCGGUAGUUGUCCCCACGAUUGGCUCUUUCGACAGGUGAGCGUCGUGAUACAUCAUGGUGGAGCAGGCACGACAGCCGCGGGACUCGCCCUUGGCAAGCCGACCAUCAUAAUUCCCUUCUUUGGAGACCAGCAGUUUUGGGGGAGUAUUGUUGCAAGAGCCGGUGCUGGCCCAAGGCCGAUUCCUCAUAAGCAGCUUACAGUGGAUAAGUUGAGUGAAGCGAUUGAGAUGGCUUUAAAACCUUCCACACAAAAGAAAGCACAGAUGAUUGGAAACAAGAUGAAAAAUGAAUCUGGAGUUCGCGACGCGGCACGCAGUUUUCAUAAACACCUCGAUCUACAGUCUUUGAGAUGCGCCAUAUGCCCAUCCCGACCCGCAGUUUGGCAAUUGAAGCACACGGGAAUCAAGCUAAGUGCCUUCGCCGGAGCAGUUUUAGUAGAGAUGGGAAGGGUCAAACCUGAAGAGGCUGUUUUACACCGUCCAAUGGAAUAUGAUACAUAUCGUGACCCAGCUGGACCGAUAAGUGCAGGAGCUCAAGUCCUUUUUGGCGCCAUCGCCAACUUUUUGAUCGGGUUGGCGGAUGUACCAACGGAAAUCGUGACAGAUAUCGUGUCUACUGGUCGCGCAUUAGGACAUCCGCAUGAUCACUUUGACCCUCGUUCCAAUUGUCGUCUUGGAAGAUCGUCUCCUAGGGAAGAAUCAGAAAGUGAUGAAGAGCAGAAUGAAAGAGAAAUCGAAGACAGAAUGGAGGGCAAUCAGGCAAAUACACUUUAUGAAGACGAACAAGAAGAAGCAGCAAACGGUGACCUGUUUGAUUCGACCCUGGAACGAAAAGACAGUCUGCGGCUUGAAAAACAACAAACGAUGAGUAGUGAAAUGGAAAAAUCCAAGCCACACAACGUUUUUUCUGAGGUGGCGAUUCAUGGAAGCGUUAUGUCAAUGAAAUUUUUGAAUUUAGUCAUUUGGCUUCCAACAGAUUUGUCACUCAGUUUGGCGAAGGGGUUUCACAAUGCUCCCAAGCUAUACCAUGAUCCGAUGGUUAAGCGCAUCCCAACCAUCACGGGCGUCCACAGUGGAUUUAGAGCCGCAGGAAGUGAAUUCAAAGAUGGAUUUUACUAUGGUAUAACCGGGCUAGUCACUCAACCUCGGUUCGGAUACAAGCACAGUGGCACUAAGGGUCUGUUCAAGGGUGUCGGAAAAGGCGUAGGUGGAGUCGUGUUCAAGCUACCAGCCGGACUUUGGGGGCUUGCAGGCUAUCCUUUGGCCGGGCUGCGCAGGCGGCUUCUUGAAUCCAUCGGCAGAUCCCAACAAUGUCAAAUUAUCAAGUCUAGAAUUACCCAAGGGCACGAAGAAAUGAGAGCCUCCUCUGCUGAGGAGAGAGCGGAAGUGGCCAGGAGAUGGAUUGCCGUUGAGGAAGAGUUGGAGAAUGCAAGGAGACGGCAAAACCAUUUGCAUUUUCACCAUAACGGCCACGAACAAUGA